AUGGGAGUGGAGCGAAGGGGGGAAUGGAGAGGGAAAUUGUUUGGUCCGGGUGGUCCGACAUUUUUUUUGCCUUUCAGACCCCUAUUGGCCGGCAAAACUUGCAAUCCAUGCACAUCGAUCAUCGGGUGGCUUGAGGGCCGGCACAAGAGACUUAACAUCAGCAGGAUCCAAGAAGGCUGCCCCACUCGUGUCAAAUCUCAGCGGGGGCUCACUUAUCAUCUCCGCUCUGUCCACAGAAACUCGAAUCAAGUUCAGAUCACCAUUCCAAAUGGACCUGCGACACCAUUGCCUCCGCUACCAUCCCCUCCUCUGGAUUUCCUACCAACUGAUGGUUACACCAACCAAGAGCCACCAGAGCCAUCCCAGGCUCCUCCACCUACUGCAGAACGGCCCCAGGUACCCCGCCCCUCCAAAAUUUAUCAUCCACAUCUCACGGCGUUACCAUGUGAUGCUGACGGCAAUACCCUCCCUGCUGGUACCGCCCCCCCACCACGUACAACUGCUGGACCUACCGAUUGGUCACCAUAUGAAGAUGAAGUGCAGUUCCGAACUGCCGACUUCCUCUAUCGUCGUGUUGAGAUGUCCGCGGGGAAUAUCAAUGAACUCUUGGAGCUGUGGGCGCUCGACAAAGCGAAGCAGGAUGAGCUGGGCCCAUUCAGUUCCUAUGAGCAUAUGUAUGAAUGUAUCGAUGCUAUGCGCCUCGGAGAUGCGCCUUGGAAGUGUUUCACGGUCGGCUAUGCAGGUGAUAUUGGGCCAAACGAUCCGUCAUGGAAAUCGGCUGAGUAUGAAGUUUGGUACCGGGAUCCCGAAGUGGUCAUGUCUCAAAUGCUCGACAACCCCGACUUCGAUGGACAAUAUGACUAUGUUCCAUAUGUUGGGCUUGACAAGUCGGGCAAACGCCGCUGGACCGACUUUCUCUCGGGAAAUUACUCCUGGCGCCACAGUACAAACAUUUAUGAGAAUGACCCUUCCACGGAGGGCGCUAUGUAUUGUCCUGUCAUUGUUGGCAGUGAUAAGACCACAGUUUCGGUAGCAACUGGUCACGUCGAAUACCAUCCAUUUUAUAUUUCCCCAGGUGGUGUUCACAACAUGGUUCGGCGAGCCCAUCGUAACGCGGUCGCUCCUACCGCAUUUUUAGCAAUUCCCAAAGGGGAUCGGAAGUAUGACAAUGACCCCGCGUUUCGCAAAUUCAAACGUCAACUUUACCAUGAUUCAAUUGCCGCCAUUCUCAAGACAUUGCGACCAGCAAUGAGUAUGCCAGUUGUUCGUCGUUGCCCAGAUGGUCAUUUCCGCCGCGUCAUAUAUGACCUUGGCGCGUACAUCGCGGACUACCCUGAGCAAGUAUAUCUUGCCGGCAUUGUUCAAAACUGGUGUCCGAAAUGCACCGCACUUCCGACCGGUUUGGAUGGCUUCGCUGAUCGUCGCUCGCAAAAGUUCCAUCAGGAGUUAGUCCAAGAGCUGGACUCUCGGACGCUGUGGGAUGAGUAUGGGAUUGACGAUGAUAUUACCCCAUUCACAUACCACUUUCCUCGGGCAGACAUCCAUGAGAUGUUGUCUGCAGACCUGCUGCACCAACUCAUCAAGGGAACAUUUAAGGACCAUUUAGUCCAAUGGGUCGGAGACUACCUUUAUCUUGAACAUGGGGAUGCUAAAGCUAACGAGAUUUUGGACCAAAUUGACCGCCGUAUUGCUGCAGCACCUGCAUUCCCCGGUCUUCGCCGUUUCCCUCAUGGUCGACGCUUCAAGCAAUGGACGGGAGAUGACUCGAAGGCGUUAAUGAAGGUUUAUCUUCCCGCUAUUGCUGGAUUUGUACCUUCCGAGAUGGUGCAGUGCAUCGCAGCUUUCCUGGACGCGUGUUACAUUGCCCGCCGAGCUGAUAUCACAGAGGGAUCAUUACAAGACCUCGACGCCGCCAUCAAAAAGUUCCAUACCCAUCACGAAAUCUUUCGCACGUCCGGUGUUAGGCCAACGGGGUUCAAUCUUCCUCGUCAACACUCCCUUGCCCACUUGAUCAGCCAAAUCCAGGAGUUCGGUGCUCCUGGAGGUCUCUGCUCAUCUAUCACCGAAUCACGCCACAUCACUGCUGUCAAGAGGCCGUGGCGUCGCUCCAAUCGAUACGAGGCCCUUGGCCAAAUGUUGCUCACCAAUCAGCGGCUCGAUAAGCUCAUUCGAGCUCGCGCCGAUUUCGUUGCGCGCCGUAUGUUGCCUCCUACCCACGCACCACCUCUGAAACCAAUCCUACCUCCCGAUGAGGACGACGACACGGGAAUCAUUGACGAGUAUGUAACAGGGAACGUUACUCUUGCGAGAACUCGAGAACGUAACUACCCCCGCUACCUCCAAGACCUGGCUCAACAUAUCAACCAACCACAGCUCGUUGAGCUCACUCGGCGCUUCCUUUAUGAUCAACUUCACGCAAACGACGGCACCUCAUCAUCUGACAUCCCUCUUCAGCAAUGUCCUUAUCCAACAAGCAAGAUCUCGGUCUUCCACUCUGCCGUCGCCACGUUCUACGCUCCUAGUGACAAGUCUGGCAUCCGAGGCAUGAGAACGGAACGUAUCCGCUCAACCCCUUCAUGGCGAAAACAAGGGCCGCGACACGACUGUGCUCUUGUUGUCGAGGACCAAGACAAGCCUGGAAUGAAGGGGAUGAGCAUUGUCAGAGUAAAGCUCUUCUUCUCGUUUACUCAUGAUGCAAAGACAUACCCGUGUGCCUUCGUCGAAUGGUUCAAAUGA